GCUAGUGACCACCCGCCCCACUGCGUUACAUUUACUGGACAAGGCAGAGAUCAGUGUCCGGGCUGAAAUCCUGGGAUUUGAUGGUGAGGAACGGAAGGAAUAUUUCACCAGGUAUUUUGAAGAUCAGACGGUGGCAGCAGCUGUUUUCAAACAUGUGGAGGAGAACGAGAUCCUGUACACCAUGAGCUACAACCCCUCCUACUGCUGGAUCCUUGUCCUGACACUGGGCCCCUUCUUCACACAAACACACCGGGACCCGCAGCGAGUUCCCAAGACCAUCACACAACUAUAUUGCUACUUUAUUUACAACAUCCUUAAAAACCAUGGCCGUGAGAUUGAGAGUCUCCGUGAGGUGUUACUGAGGGUUGGUCAGAUGGCCUUCACUGGAGUGGCUGAGAAGAACAUUGUGUUCACAGAUGAAGAUUUGAUCAAAUACAAUCUGCAGCCUUCUCAGUUCCUGUCCGGGUUCCUGAUGGAACUUUUGGAGAGAGAGGAUUCAGCCCGGAGCGUGGUGUACACCUUCCCGCACCUCACCAUCCAAGAGUUUGUAGCCGCACUUGCACAAUUCAUGACUCCACAUCGCGGGGAUAUCACGACACUCCUCAUUGAAGCCCAUGGCAUGACAGACGGGCGAUUUGAAGUAUUUCUCCGUUUUGUCGCUGGUCUCUCCUCCCCACGGGCAGCUUGGAUCCUGGAGGAGUUUCUGGGUAAAUUCCCUAAUCAAACAAUCUGCCGAGUGAGUGACUGGGUGAAGGAGGAGGUUAAACGUCAGAUUAGAAAUACAGGCAGUGAGUUUGGUAAAAGGAGGCUCCUGAACACGAUGCACUACCUGUUUGAGUCUCAGAGUCCUAUACUGGCUCAGCAGACACUGGGAUCUGUGGAAAAACUUUCAUUCAGUGGACUGGGACUGACCCCGAUUGACUGUGCGGUCCUGUCUCAUGCCAUCAGGCUCUGUGAUACAAUCAAACAUCUAGAUCUGGAGAGCUGCCACAUUCAGUGUGAAGGUCUCCAGCGGCUCGGACCGGCUCUGCACAAUUGUCAGUGCUUGAGACUGGGAGACAACGACCUGGGAGCUUCCGGUGUGAAACUGGUGUCUGUGGCUCUGAGGAACCCGGACUGUAAAAUACAGAGACUGGAGCUGCAACGUGUCGGUCUCACAGAUUCUGGAGCCGAGGAUCUCGCCUCCGCACUCAGUACAAACCCCUCACUGAAGGGGCUGUACCUGAGUGGGAAUAAACUGGGAAAUUCCGGAGUGAAACUGGUGUCUGCGGCUCUGAGGAACCCGGACUGUAAAAUACAGAUACUGGGGCUGGACGGUGUCGGUCUCACAGAUUCUGGAGCCGAGGAUCUCGUCUCCACUCUCAGUACAAAGCCCUCACUGACGGAUCUGUACCUGACACACAACUUCCUCACAGACCGAUGUGUCCCCGCUCUCCGCCGCCUCAUACUGAACCUCCCGAGACUAGAGCAGAUCAACCUGAGGGCGAAUAAGUUCGAUGCGAUCGGGGAAAAGGAACUGAGGUCGCUGCAGGAAUGCAGACCCGGACUGAGACUGGACGUGUGAACAUCUCUGGGUGUAAACGUCACCGCCCUGUGGACCGGAAUAUUGUUGGCCGAUUCCCCGCCCUCCCCUUUAAACGGCCGCCCUCCCCUUUAAACCCCAACGCUUCCCGGGCCGGCCGGGCGGUGACAUCAGAGGCGACCCUGCCCGCUGUCACGUGACCCGAGUACGCGCUGCUGCUGUUGAUGCC